AUGACUCUUGCAGUUACCAUUACAACCGGAUUUCUUUUGAUAGACGGCGACAGUAACUCCAGUGAAAUCAAAUUAAAUGUUAUUUCUGUUCAACAUGAAGAAAUUAAAAAGCGUGAGAUUACACAAAACCGUUUUCUCAGUACAAGUGAGAAAAAUAAUUUAAAUCAUUCCUUUACACCAAUGGAAGCCACACAAUCUACAUUUGUAAAUCCCUAUGAUAUUAAAAAACUUCUUUUGCUUUUACAGGAACGUCCUGUCUCUUUACAAGCUGAACUUGCCCAAAAACUCGAUCUUGGUGUGGCAUACUAUAUACCCAUUAAGGAUGAGAAAUCGUGUUGUGGAAAACAAAUGAAAAGACGAUCAAAGAAUAAAAAGAAUAAGAAGAAAAAUAAGAAUAAUGUUCGUCAUCGUAUUAUGGCAUAUCAUUCACUUCCACACCCAACUUGUCUUGCUGAAUUAAUUUUUCGUUAUUUUAAAGAUAUUGCUGAUGAGUUAACAGAAGAAAAACUAAAUAACACAGAAAAGGAAAAUGAGUUUUUGCGUGAGGGAAUGGGACGUAAGAUGUUCCACAAUAUUAACCUACAGGACGAUAAUGGAAUAAAAAAUGAAUCAUUCCCAUUUUUACCAAACUCUACAGUUAAACUGAAGAGAUUUAUGCAAACUUUCAAUUUACAUUUAAAAUCAAAAUCACGUUUUAAUAAUACUAUGGCUCUUAGUUCAUGUUGGAAAAUGGGAGGUGUUAUCCCAGGUUCCUCACGUCACCCAAGUGAUGCUGUUUUCUUUGAUAUAGCGGAUGUAUACUAUGCUGGUGGAAGAUUUAUCUUGUUUAUAGAAGAUAAUAUUAUUUAUACAAAUUCAAAAAUACCAUGGACUUCUUCUUUUAAAAAAAGAAGAUGGCUCUUAAGACAAGAAAUUUUUACCGAUACAGAGAUAAAAGAGGUCAUGCAAGAAAGUAUUAUACCGGCUUCUAAAGUAGCAAAAGUAUUCCCAUUACGCCUCGCAAAGGUGAUAUUACAUUUUGGUAGUGUUUAUCCAUUUGUAAAAGGUAGUUGGCCUCAACAUACACGUGAUACCUUACCCCUUUUUGUUGUUUUUACUAAACCUUUAUCGCAACACCGAUUGGAUUCUAUAGAAAAUAAUUUGGAGCGAUAUACGGUAGGUUACUAUCAGGAGGCAACAGACUUUCAAGUACCACAUCAUACUCUUGUAGAACUAGUAAUAACAAGCUUUAUCGCACAACAGCAUUUCUUACGUAUAAAUAAAAAAAAUUUACAUCAAACUAAUCAAACAGGAGGACAUGCAUUAAUGAUAACAUCAAGACCAUACUAUACUCAUGCUAGUUCCUAUAGUCCACUAGGUUGCCGUCAGUCGUUUGAGCGUUGUUUAUUAAAUGGACCUUGGGGUAAUAUGUAUAUGGGUCAAUUACAUUAUCUGUCAGCAUCAGUGAAGCAUAUAAAUUGUUCAAUUUCCAAGAAACAAAGUCAAGAAUGUUUUGAGACGCAACUUUUUUCAACAUUUCAAUUUUACAAUCAUAAUCAUAAUUUAAAUUUUCAAAAACGUUGGGUAUAUGGAUUACGAUCAAACGAAACACAAUUUAGCUAUGCAAAGGAGAAUGAUAGAAAUAAUUGGAAAUUUAAUAAUUCAACUAACACAUAUCAUAUUGGAAAUAUUAUAGAAGUUUCUAAUACAUAUAAGGACUAUUUUCAAUCCAGUAUUAAUAUUAAUGAAACUGUUUUUCAUCUUGAGCACCUUCUCAUUGGUUAUCCGACUCACUGUGAACCACUUCUAGGAUUGGAUCCUGUCUAUGCAGACAUUAUACAUUCACUUUUUCGUCCUUUCUUUUCGGGUUGUAAUUACUCUACUUUUGAGGAAUUUCUUGAAAAUAUGCUGCAAGAUGAUAAAAAGAAGGAAUUUGCUACGAAGCCUUCUUUAAAGGAAUGGAAACAAUGGAUUGCAUUAUUUUAUUUUAGUUACAAUGAUUGUCAGGAACACUUGUCGCUUUUUCGAAAAUUUCACAUAUCAAAAGCCGUCUUUGAUGUCCUAAAAGAGGAAGGAAAACUAUUAAGUGAUAUUCAGAAACCAAACAGUACAUUUAGUUAUAGUAAUAACCAAUAUGAGAAAGGAACAAAGGUAAUGCUUUCUCUCUCAGAAAAAAAAGAACCUGGAAAUAUAAAUGAUCUUAUUAGCUUUUUUAUCGUUCAAGCGAGUCAUGAUUUAGUUAAUACCAUCUCUCUUGGGAGUACUAAUACUAAUACUACUAAUACAAUACAACUGAGUGAUGCAUUUCGUUUCAUCUUGGGGAAUCCAACAGUAAAAAUAACAACAGGAAUCAAGGAAGCAACUCUUAAAGGAUUUUCCAAUGAGACGACUACUACUACUACUACGAUUGCAACUGAUUAUUGUAGUAAUGAUGUUUUUAUUUUCUAUUCUUCUCGUAGUGGUGAUUGGGCACGUGACGUAGUUAAUGACUACGUGUUGCUACCAAAGUUACCAUCUGAUGUAGAGGCAGAACUCAAUAAAGAUAUCCCUUUUGUUUCCAAUAAUAAGUGUCAACCGAGACGUGUGUAUCUGCGAAUGAAUCGCUUCAAUCAGACAUUAUCAUUUGGGAAGCAACUUUUUUCACAGAUGGAAGCACAUCGCACUACUAUUUUUAUUGGAGCACCAGGGGCAAAUCUACUAAAUAGCCUCUUUUUGCGUCCACAUGUUGGAGUUAUAACGUUCUCAUGGGGUCCAACCAUUGGUCAAGUGUUUUAUCCCACUUCCGUGUUCCCACUCUAUGAUAAAAACUUCUGUGAGAAUAAUAAUAAUAAUAAUAAUAGUAACUGUAAUGGUGGGGAAAGUUAUGGGUACCAGACAAGUGGACUUUUAUGGCGUAGUGUCGCUUUAAAGCAAAUUUGUAAUCAUAAAAUUCGUUCAGGAAAACGAUGUCGACUGGGUGCAGAUAAUGUGAACAACUUGUUUAUCGGUAAUGCUGAGUACAAACAACUCGUAAAUGCAGUAGUAGAUAUUGUGCGGGAACAGGAUAAAAUACGACGAGGGAUGUGUUGA